AUGCAAUGAUUUGAACGCAUCUGUAGCCUCUCGUUCUCCUUUACAACUAUGCUUUGAGCAUUAUUGUCAAAAUGCAGCAGUAUUCUUUUGGCCCUUUUCUGUUCGACGAAAUGCGUAAAUGAAUGCUCUCUUCAUUUGACUAAUUUGCCCUUGCUUCCCCAAAUCAAAUAAAUCCACCAAAAUCCCAAACACUACACUCUCAUACACAAAUUAAGUUGUGAUGAAGUUGAUGUGCUCAGUUCUCAUCGCGGCCGCACUGAUCGCGGCCGUUGCUCCCCUGAGUGAGGCCGCGAUCAGUUGCACGGCGGUGAUUUCAUACGUCAGACCAUGCAACCCUUAUGUGACUGGAAGGGGUCCGAUAGGGUCCUGUUGCAGCGGCGCAAAUCGUCUUAACGCCGCUGCCAGGACGACGUCAGACAGGCAGAGCGUCUGCAACUGCCUGAAAUCCGUCACCAGGGGAUACUCCCAAGCCAGCUUUAGUAGGGCCGAAGGCAUCCCCCGACAAUGUGGUAUCAACAUUCCGUACAAGAUCAGCCCUUCCACUGACUGCGCCAAGGUGAGGUGAGCUGUGAUCAUUUGAUGAAGAUUUGUGCUGUAUUUUGACAACCUACGUUGAAUUACUAUGUGUGAAACAAAAUAUUGGUUGUAAAUUUGCUUGUUUCUUUCCAUUGGAUUAAAUGAACCAAGAUUAUUAUUAA